AUGAGCUCCAAAAAGUAUGCCCUCCUCCCCAUGGACGACGGGGAGGUCGGUCCUCAAAAGGUCGGCAAGGAGAAAAAGCACAGGUCGCGCCGCCACCGUGAUCGCGAUGAAAAGUUCUUGUCCAAAUCUUCGAUGUCGCGCCGUGACCGGAGUCGCAGUCGCUCGAAUUCCCCGUCGCGACGAUCAUCUUCCCGUCGCCACCAACAGAGCAGCAGAUCCAAAAGCUACAGGUCCCGACGCGACGCCGAUGCCGACCUCGACGAUCGGUGGGCCGACGAGCCCCCGUCUGAUGGUGACUACGAUAAGGGAGCUGCUUCACGGGAAGAUGAGCCAGAAUUCGAGGAAUCGGCCAGUAAGCGCGUCAAGCUGAGCCGCGACGAUGCGGAAAAUAACAACGAAAAUGAAGACGACGCCGAUCUCUCUGACGAAGCCAAGGAAGAGCGCCAGAGGGAACGCGAUCUCGAAGAACGAGAUGCUUUCACUAAGAGGUUGAAAGAGAAGGAUGAUUCACGGUCCAAGAAAGACCGCGACGGGCCGUCCUCGUCGCGAAGACGACUGGCCGAGGACGCCGCCGCCCGGGAAGCUGCCAUGCCUGAUCUGCGAGAGCGAUCUAGGCAGGAGUACCUCAAGAAGCGUGAGAUGGAACGUCUAGCGCUUCUCCGGAAGCAGGUAGCCGAGGAGACGCAGGAGCUCCAGAGCGGCAUGCGCCUGUCGGAUAAGGAGAAGGCCGAGUUUGCCAAGAACCGCGAGAUUCUACGCCUCGCUGAGGAGCGGCUGACGAUCGACGACCAUCGAGACGGUUACGUGAUGCCCGAAGAUUACAUUACCGAGAAGGGCAAGAUGGACCGCAAGAAGAAGGAAGAGGCGCUAUACAAGCGGUACGUGGACCGUGACGAGUUUGGGCAGGAGAAGUUUGUCACGGAACACGAGGAAUGGGAGCGGGAGCAGACGGCCAAGGCCAAGGCGCAGAUUCAAAGCAACGAGAGGCAAAAUGACAGCUAUGACUAUGUCAUGGACGAGGCCCAGUACAUCCAAUGGAACCUCGACACGCGCAUGGCUGGUGAGGGCAAGACCUUGACCAAGGAGCAGCGCUUCCUGGACGCCCAGAUUGAGGCUGCCGAGAAGAAGGCCCUGUCCAUCCAGGAAACGAGGAAGACGCUCCCCAUCUAUCAAUACCGCGAAGAGUUCCUGGCCGCCCUGGAGCAGCACCAGGUCCUGGUCCUUGUUGGUGAGACGGGUAGCGGAAAGACGACGCAGCUGCCCCAGUACCUCCACGAGGCUGGAUACACCAAGAACGGCAUGAAGGUCGGAUGUACCCAACCGCGACGAGUAGCUGCCAUGAGUGUGGCUGCACGCGUGGCCGACGAGGUGGGCGUCAAGGUCGGUAACGAGGUCGGGUACUCGAUUCGUUUCGAGGACAACACGUCAGACAAGACGGUUCUCAAGUACAUGACGGACGGUAUGCUUUUGCGAGAGUUCAUGACAGAGCCCGAUCUAGCAGGCUACUCGGCCAUCAUGAUUGACGAGGCCCACGAACGGACGGUUCACACCGACAUCUUGUUAGCGCUGGUCAAAGAUUUGUCGCGUGAGAGGCCCGAACUCAAGCUUCUUAUCUCGUCGGCUACAAUGAAUGCCGAGAAAUUCGCCCAAUACUUUGACGACGCGCCUAUCUUCAACAUUCCCGGUCGACGAUACCCCGUCGAUAUCUACUACACGCCGGCUCCCGAAGCCAACUACCUGGCGGCUGCUAUCACGACGACGUUCCAGAUCCACACGACACAGGGCAAGGGAGACAUCCUCAUCUUCCUUACGGGACAAGACGAGAUUGAGGCGGCGGAACUGGAGAUUUCCGAGACGGCCAAGAAACUAGGCAGUCGGGUCAAGGAGCUCAUCAUAUGCCCCAUCUACGCCAAUCUACCGUCAGAGCUGCAGUCCAAGAUCUUUGAGCCGACGCCUGACGGCGCGCGCAAGGUGGUACUGGCCACCAACAUUGCCGAGACGAGUCUGACGAUUGAUGGCAUCGUAUAUGUUAUCGAUCCCGGCUACGUCAAAGAGAACGUCUACAAUCCGCAGACGGGAAUGUCCAACCUGGUAGUUGUGCCGUGCUCACGGGCGUCAGCCAACCAGCGCAGCGGUCGUGCCGGUCGUGUUGGUCCGGGCAAAUGCUUUCGACUGUACACGAAAUUUGCAUACAUGAACGAGAUGGACGAGUCGACAAUGCCCGAGAUCCAACGGACCAACCUGAACUCGGUGGUGCUGCAGCUCAAAUCGCUCGGCAUCAAUGACCUGCUCGACUUCGACUUCAUGGACCCGCCACCGACGGAGGCGCUGAUCGGAGCGCUGAACCAGCUGUUCGCACUGCAGGGUCUGAACCACAAGGGCGAGUUGACCAAGAUGGGUCGGCAGAUGGCCGAGUUUCCCACGGACCCGAUGCUUGCCAAGGCAGUACUAGCAGCAGACAAGGAGGGGUGCGUGGACGAGGUGCUGUCUAUUGUGUCGAUGCUGGGCGAAGCCUCUGCACUCUUCUUCCGGCCCAAGGACAAAAAAAUCCAUGCCGACAGCGCGCGCAACCGGUUCACGGUGAAGGAGGGCGGCGACCAUGUCACACUUCUCAACGUGUUCAACCAGUGGGUCGACAGCGACUUCUCGCCGGUGUGGGCACGGGAGAAUUUCCUGCAGCAGCGGUCCCUGACAAGGGCACGCGAUGUGCGCGACCAGCUGGCCAAGCUAUGCGAAAGAGUGGAGGUGGCGCCUUCGUCGUGCGGCGCAUCCAACCUGCGGGCCAUCAAACGGGCCAUCACGGCGGGCUUCUUCCCCAACGCGGCACGGUUGCAGAAGAGCGGUGACAGCUACCGCACCGUCAAGAACAACACGACGGUAUGGAUCCACCCCAGCAGCGUGCUCAUGGCCGUGGACCCUCCCGAGAAGACGGUGGUGUACUUUGAGCUGGUGCAGACGACAAAGGAGUACAUGCGCAGCGUCAUGCCCAUUGACGCCAGUUGGUUAGCGGAGCUGGCGCCGCACUUUCACAAGAAGAAGGAUAUCGAAGCCAUGGAAGAGAAGAAGAUGCCCAAACAGCGAUAA